GCUCCGUUCCAGCUCCGGCUAGAAUCAAUUACUACAUGGUACCCACGCCGCCGACUCUCAAAACGACCAGCUUCACACUUCCCUCUAAUACUGCAUGUGAUGAUCAAGACCAGACGGUAAACAGCUUCACUUUUGCUCAGCCGUCUGCUCCUCCGCCCGCCGCAUCUUGUUGCCUACCUACCUUAGCUCUCACGACUCUUACGCGAGCGCCGAGACCGAGACCGACUGUGUCUGCGCGCCAAUCACGGGCCCAGCGUAUAUGUCACCACCGUCCUCUCCCGAGCAGACUGCGUGGGGCCGCACAGGAGUCACCCGGCGACCGAAUCCGUAACGACGUGCGUCUACCUUGCCGAGAGGCCCUUUUACGCCCUUUCCUUUGACCGUCGCCCGCCAUGGAUCUGCAAUCCUUUGACAACGACAUCAUGUCGUUCCCCGACCCCUCUGAAUUCGACUAUGCCGCCUUUCUGCAGGCCGACGACGUGGGCUUCACGGAUCCGAUGCAGGGUCAAUCAGCAGCGUCUCUCUCGGGCUCUUCAGGAGAAGGAAUGCACACGCCGCCUGAUCCCGGCGCGAGGGGUCUGUCGGGCAACGGCGACAACGGCAACCCCCUCGACCUGAGCCUCCGCCGCUUGCCGGAACAAGGCAGGCUGCGGCUAGAGAGGAGAGGCCACACCAAGAGCCGCCGGGGAUGCUACAACUGCAAGAGGAGGCGCAUCAAGUGCCAAGAGACACAUCCAGCCUGCGGCCACUGUCUUAAGACAGGCCUGAAGUGCGAAUAUCCCGCCUCGCCCCAGAUUACCCAUCAGCAGCCUCACAACCAGAUACCCCUCUUCAGCUUGCAGGAUAUGCGAUGUUUCCAAUACUUUUUGACCCAAUGCUACCCCCACCAUCCGCUGAAGCAGGAGGAGAUCUGGACCCAUGAGAUUCCAAGCAUAGCACAUAACCAUGAAUUCCUUAUGCACGCCAUCCUGGGCUACGCAGCGUCUGAGUUGAUGCAUACUGACAGCAGCCUUGCUCCUGUGGCCAUGGGGCACCGCAUAAAGGCCGUCAAGGCGAUCAAGAAGCGAUUGAUGGAGACGUCAAAGAUGGACACGAAUUUCGAGGAGGCCAAUGCCCUGGUCGCCACGUGCUUUGCAUUGACUUUCCAAUCUGUCAGCCUUGAAGAUGGGUUGGCCGAGUACAUGACGUUUAUCCGCGGCAUUGUCAUUGUGGGGAUGCAGAUGAUGUUCAAGAGCAUCAAACCCCUCUUCAGCAAUCUGUUUGAAACAAACAGCGAUGAUGUCCUCGCCCCAUAUAUGGAGGGAUUGCCGCUGAUCCAGAGAGGAUGGGCGGAGGCAGCCAUUGAAGCCAUUACGAACCUGCGUCCCCUGUGUACGCGGCAAGUCGAAAUCGAGUACCACGAGCAUCUCAUGACGGUUUCGUCCCGUCUUCUCACAAACUCGUUUGAUGCAUACAAGGCAAAUUCGAGACUAUAUGCAUGGUGGAUGCUGAUGCCUCAUGCCUCGUUUCAAGAUCUCAUCAACGCCAACAACCAAGUCAUUAUUCUGUUGCAUUCUCAUUGGAUUGGGCUGUCACAGAUCAUGGCAUUCAUCAACGAGCAAGAGUAUGCGGUGCGAGAGAAGCAUCCUGCUCGACAAGAGAACCGCAUCGAUCCUGGCUUCAUCCGAUGGCUCAAACACCUCAACGCGCGAGUGGAUCAUGAACAUCAAAGGUUCAACCAGUGGCCGAUGUGGGUGGAUGAACAACUGGACAACGACAUUACCUUUUUCGGAAAGCGUCUGUAG